AUGACCAACUUUCCCCCUCCACCACCACCACCGCCUUCUAGGCCACUGGGCGUCUCUCCAUCAGCUCCAGCUGUUCUCGAGACGUCGUCGGCAACGUCCCAUUACAGUACGAGAAGAGGGCCGCUGAAUGGUGGAGCCUCAGCGUCCGCGCUCCCACAGUCCAACCUUUCCACACACGGCAGCACAAGAUUUCCACCGCCGCCUUCGCACAGCGUCACGACCAAUGGAUCCGUUCCGUCGCACGAUGCUCGGACUACACCUCCGUCCGCACACACUCCGGUACCGCCUCCAUCGAUCCAUCGAAUCGCUCAUCCGGGCAUGGUUUCUCAGCCGCCGUCCCGGCAGAAUCCACCACUUCCGUUCGCACCUCCCGCAUCUGUACCUCCGACUGCGAGUCGGACACUGCAACCAGCCUAUCCCGUUCCACCGCAACCCUACUCGUCAAAUCCUCUUUCACCCCCGCUUCCAUCGUCACGUCCUCCCAACACUACGCACCCGCACCCAUCGCCUCCACCACCGCAGCCCGGGUACUACCAACCGUCGCACACGCAACAGCCUCCGCCUGGUUUACGGAAAAUCGAUCCCUCACAAAUUCCUAGAGCUCCACUCUUUACCCGCCCGCAAGAAUCCCAGUUGCCGGUAUAUUUUCCGCGAGCUGCCGUCCUCAAUGGCGAAACGGCCCAAAACCCCCCACCCGCCGACUCGCGAUACAUUGUCAAAGACGACGGUAACGCUUCGCCUAAUCUCGUACGCGCCAGCGUCUACGCCUUUCCCCUUACACGUGCUCUCUGGCAUCAAACCGGCGAUCUACCACUCGGAAUCCUCGCUACCCCCUUGGCCUGUCACGACGAAACCUUCGUGCCACGUCCCCGCGUCCUCCCCGACCGUUCCGUCCAAGACUGGCGUGAUCCACAACGUAUCCCGUGCGUGGAUGCCCGGGAACCGUCCCCGCCACCGCGCUGUGGACACUGUCACGCCUACGCCAAUCCGUUUUUUGGAACGGAUGGAUCUUGUAAUCUCUGUGGUACCAGCAAUCGCGGGAUUGCCGCCAACCUGACGGGUCCGGCCAUGCAGUGCGGUACGGUAGAUUAUCACGUUUCCGGACCCUACGUCACCCGCCCACAGCCCGUGCCGCCCGUGUUUGUGUACGCCGUGGAUUUAACGUGUCCGCAUGUCACGCAGUAUCUACCCAUUCUGGCACAAUUGGGGGAAGACCUGGCGACUCACGUCGGGAAUCAGUACGCACCGCUGACGCCACGCAUUGGUCUCUGUUGGGUAUCUUCGGCCGGAAUUUUGGUGGCCGGGCACCACGACCGGGAACGCUACUCCGUCAUGGCGGAUGUGACCAACGCACCCUUUUGCCCUCUACCCCUCAACGAUUGGACGUUUGAUGUGUCGGUACCGGAAGGAUUGGCAUCCUGGAAGGCCUACUUGGAUGGCCUACUCCAGAACGAUCUCGAGGAUCUGCGGAAAUUGGCGCGUGCGAAAAAUGCGUACGGCUUGGACGGUAUGGAACUAUCGUGUGGUGGAGCGGCGCUGGCCUUUCUUGCUGACGCCUUGGCGGCGACGGGGGGUCGCGGUACCUUGAUCACCCGACGACGACCGAAUUUUGGCGUCGGUAGCCUUUCGGUACGGGAACCUGUUCCGGGUAAAGCGCACGAUCCGGACAAUAUCAUAUCCUAUAGUCCGCUACAAACCGCCUCCAAGUUGAAGCAUACAGAAGAUGCGGCGGCUUCUUCGUUUUAUCAGGAGCUAGCCGCGAAAUGUUGCCAGGACCGAACCUGUUUGGAUGUUUUAUACCACACUAGCCCGCUCACACCACCCGCGUACUUGGAUCUCGCCACACUCGGCGAGUUGUGCCGGAAUACUUGUGGAAAAUUGUUCCACGUUUCGAACAAAGACUGGAAUCCGAUCAUUCUGGAAGAACUGAGAGCCCAAGUCUUUUCCUUUACGGGAUGGGAUGCGGUGUUUAAGGUUCGAUGUUCGGACGGAAUUCAAAUCAAAUCCUUUCCAACCCAUGUCGGUAACCUAGUCGAUAACGGAUUGGGUAGCUCGUCGGAAAUCGAAUUGUCCUGCGUGACGCCGAACACGUGCAUCGCAGUGGAGCUUGAGCAUCGCGUGGGUGGUGUACCCCCCAAAAAUCGGUACGUGUACAUACAAACGGCCUUGCUCUACUCAACAAUAUCGGGCUGCCGCCGUGUGCGGGUCUCCACCUUGGCCAUCCGUAGUUCUACUGUGGUAGAUGAAGUAUUCCGAUCGGUUGACAUGGGAACUGCUUCUGCUCUACUAGCCAGAGAAGCGCUGGAUCGUAUGAAGAAGCUAGUAAGGGAGAAGGAAGGAGACGCGGCCCGUGAAAAAGCCCGUGACUUGGUGUUCCAUCGGUGUCUGGAAAUUUUGCUCAACUACCGCACAAAUUCGUCGGCCGCAAACUCAUCCGCACGGCAAAUGGUCCUCCCAGAAAAGUUGCAGUUGUUUCCACUCUACUGUAUGUGCUUGAUGAAGAGUCCGAUCUUUCGCCCGGGCAUGGCCCGUCGCGAUGCACAAACUCAAGCUGUCCGCAUGUCGCCCACGGGUGAUGACAGGGCACUAUUCGUACAUUAUCUGGCCAACGUAAGUUCCAGUACCAGCAUGCUUAUGGUGCAUCCCAACAUUUUUUCCGUCUUGGGAAACGAAAGUGGUACUGCGGAGUUCGAGUCGCAUCAUGGACCGGAGCAAGUUGGGUUUGUAAGAAUGCCACAGCCCAUUUUGCCGAGUAUGGCUAGUCUUGAAGACGAUGGUGUGUACCUCCUGGAUAGCGGCCUACAGAUUUUUUUCUAUGUUGGAAAGACUGCGCCGGAUGAAAUAAAGGAGAUGGCACGUAGUCACCAAAUCGAUCAAGCAGAACUGCUUCACAAUUUUGUCUGGCAAAUGAGGACGUUCAACGGCACAAAUCAAGGAAGCGAAGGUUCCGUCCGGCCAACUCAUGUGCCUGUUGUGUCAAUUAUACAGCAGGACGGUCACGAUGCUCCAAUGGAAGCGGAUGUUCUCAAUCUUUUGGUGGAUGAUGCGGUUUCUGGGGAGAAAGACUACAAUGAUUUUCUGUGUGGAUUGCAUCAGCGCAUUCAAGACAGACUCAAAGCCAAGUAG